CUUAAGAUUUGAUUCUUAAAUCGUUUGUUGUGUUCUCUGAGCGUUUAAGUUUGGAUUCUGCCUAAACUUGUUUCCUUAAAUGCAUGUCUUAAAGAUACCUAUUUUGAUCCUUAUCAAAAUACAUGAUUGCUAUUUUUAGCAAAGAUAAGUCAGUCAAAAGAAGAAAACAAAAUGUCACCCUUGCCUUUGAAACAACAAACACAAUCUAAACAAAACUACAUCUCUCAACGAACCAUUCAUCGUCCUUGUUUCUAGACAUAACAUACCAAGAACGUAAAGAACAACAGCCUCUCUCUCUCUUUCUUGUCCUCAAUCCAUGGCUGCUGUUCUGAUUCACGGCUUCUUCCUCCUCCUCCUCCUCAUGUGUUUCUCGAUCCCCCCUUCAUUGCAACACGUAAGCGAGGCCGAACCGCUCAUACGGUUCAAGAACUCGGUGAAGAUAACCAAAGGGGAUCUAAAUUCAUGGAGAUUAGGAACAGAUCCUUGCGGUGGGAAAUGGUUCGGGAUCUAUUGCCAAAAGGGUCUCACAGUCUCAGGCAUUCACGUCACGCGUCUCGGUCUCUCGGGAACCAUCAGCGUCGAUGAUCUAAAGGCUCUCGCAAAUCUAAAAACCGUCAGGCUCGACAACAACCUCCUCGCAGGUCCUCUCCCUCAUUUCUUCAAACUCCGAGGCCUCAAAUCCAUCAUGCUCUCCAACAACACCUUCUCCGGAGAGAUCCCUGACGAUUUCUUUAAAGACAUGUCAAAGCUCAAGAGGCUGUUUCUUGAUCAUAACCAAUUCGUUGGGAAGAUCCCUUCCUCCAUUAUGCAGCUCCCUCAUUUAGAGGAGCUUCACCUUCAAGACAAUAAGUUUUCAGGAGAGAUACCUCCGUUGAUCGAGACCAACAAGAACCUGAAAAGCCUCGACCUCUCGAACAACCAGCUCGAAGGAGAGGUCCCGGCGGCUCUCUCGGAUAGGAAAAAUCUUGUCAUGAAACUGGAAGGGAACGAAGCCUUGUGCGGCAAGGCGGUGAACGUUGGAUGUGAGGCUAUUGACCCAAAAGAAACCGGCGAUGGUCUUCCCCCGCCCACCGAUGGAACAGAUAAUUCCAACAGGACCACGAUAAACGUGGUCCUGUUGGUCAUCUCGUUUCUCAUGAUGUGUUGUAUUGUUGUUGGAUUUAUAAAGAAGCGAAACAAGAAGCAAAAUGCCGGUUUUCGCAAGCUCGACAAAGAGCGUCCAAGCGAUGUCGUGGAGGUCAAGGUACCCGAAUCCACGACGGUUAAAAGGUCUACUGAAUCAAGCAAGAAGCGCGGUGGAAACUCCGAAGGCGGUUCUACCAAAAAAGGCUCGUCUCAUGGGAAAGGUGGCGGAGGAAGAGGAGGAGGCGGAGGUAUGGGUGAUAUCAUAAUGGUGAACACGGACAAGGGCUCGUUUGGUUUGCCUGAUCUGAUGAAGGCUGCUGCCGAGGUGCUAGGAAACGGUAGUCUUGGAUCAGCUUACAAGGCGGUGAUGGCCAAUGGAUUAGCAGUCGUGGUGAAGAGGAUUAGGGAUAUGAAUAAACUCGCAAGUGAGGCUUUUGAUGUAGAGAUGAGACGGUUGGGGACAAUCCGACACCCUAAUGUUCUUACCCCUUUAGCCUAUCAUUACCGUCAAGAAGAGAAGCUUGUCGUCUCUGAGUAUAUGCCUAAGAGCAGCUUACUUUACGUUUUACACGGUGACCGUGGGAUACAACAUUCCGAGCUAACUUGGGCGACAAGACUGAAGAUAAUCCAAGGAGUGGCACAUGGGAUGCAGUUCUUGCACGAGGAGUUUGCCUCCUACGAGCUCCCACACGGUAACCUAAAAUCCAGCAAUAUUCUCCUCAGCGAGACCUACGAACCAUUGAUCAGUGACUACGCAUUCUUACCGUUUCUCCAGCCAAGCAACGCACAAGCAAUGUUCGCUUACAAAACUCCAGAGUUUGCGCAGAACCAACAGGUUUCUCAUAAAUCAGACGUCUACUGCCUCGGAAUUAUAGUUCUAGAGAUCUUGACAGGGAAGUUUCCUUCUCAAUACUUAAACACCGGUAAAGGCGGGAUUGAUAUUGUUGAAUGGGUUCAAUCUUCUAUUGCGGAGCACAAAGAAGAAGAACUUAUCGAUCCGGAGAUAGGAAACAAUGCUGAUUCGGCGCAGCAGAUGCUGGAGUUGCUGCGGAUUGGGGCUGCUUGUAUCGCAAGUAAUCCAGAUGAAAGACCUGACAUGAGGGAAACUGUUAGAAGAAUAGAACAAGUGAAAAAAUGAUGGUGAGAUGCUUAGAAUGCAAACGUGGUCGGGACAGUUAGAUACAAUACUAACGUGCAAGCAACCAGAAAAAACAAAUAAUUUGGGUGUGUAAAUAGGAAAUACGAUUUUUCUUUGCAGAUUGAAUUGUUCUUCAAAUCUCGGCAAAAACAUAUAUACAUAUAUACUUUUAUGUUCCUUGUUCCAUAAGUAAACAACAAUUGUUCAUUA